AUGGCGCAAGAGGCAGGCUUUGAGGGCACCAUGGAUGGCGCUCCGCGCACAGUCUGCAAACACUGGCUGCGUGGCCUCUGCAAGAAGUCAGAUGCGACCUGCGACUAUCUCCACGAGUACGACAUGCGCAAGAUGCCCGAGUGCCGCAUGUUCGCCACCUUUGGCUUCUGCAAUGCGGGAGAGGAGUGCUUGUACCGUCAUAAGCUGCCCAAAGAGAAGAGAAGGGAGUGUGAGGAGUAUACGAGAGGGUUCUGUCCGAGGGGACCCGAGUGCGCCAAGAAGCAUGUGAGGAGGGUGGUGUGCGACUAUUAUCUGGCGGGAUUCUGUCCCAAAGGACCCGAGUGUGAGAGGGCGCAGUGA